GUAAAACCCAGAACUUCCUUAAAAUCCCAAAUGGAGUAUUCGGGUUCUUCUUCAAGGAGGCCUUGUUUCAUCAAAGAAGAUGAUGAUGGGUUUGCUUUUCUUGCAGAUAUGGAAGCUGGGUAUUCAGGAACCCAUUACCAAAAUGGGUUUUUCUCAAGGAGGACUCGUUUGAGGAAUUUGACAUAUUCGUCUUGUUGUUCGAGGUUUGCUAGGUUUUCCGAUGGCAGAUUCAAAGAUCAUCAGCAGCCCCAUUUCUUGGAUGCUUGUUUUCUUUGCAAGAAGCCUCUUGGGGCUAACCGAGACAUCUUCAUGUAUAGAGGGGACACGCCAUUCUGCAGUGAAGAGUGCAGAAAAGAAAAGAUAGAGAUGGAUGAAGCCUUGGAAAAGAACCGGAACCUUUCUUCCUCGAUGAAAGCGUCGAGAAGUAAGGAACAAAGGAAAGCGAAAUCUUUGAAGAAAGCUCAAGACUAUCCUUUCAUUACUGGCACUGUUGCAGCUGUUUGA